AUGAGAGAGGCUGGAAGUCCCCAGAUUAGGAAAAGCGCGUUCGGAAGGGAUUCGAGAAAAGACGCUCCAAGGACAGCCAAUCUGGACUUUGACGCUCGCGUCCCCAUCCCGUUCAGUGUCUUCCCGUCGUCGUACCGGAGUGACGCUGUUCCUCAGACUACUCUUGUCACUGAGAGAGUAGAGGGAGAAGUCCAACUCGAUAGUCAUUCGCGCGUCGAACGGGAAGAUACUCGAACCUCGGCGCCUCUCCCUGACCCGCGUGUCUACGGAAAGGAAGAAGUCGAUCGUCAGUUCGAACGCCGCUCAACUCGCCCCGGUGUGGUGGACGAUUUUACCGUUGUCGCUGACCAACGAGUGAACGAACGCGUGGACGAACGGGUUCAAUCCUCCCAGCCCGACUAUCCCCAGGUAGAUCUUGCUCGCGAACGCUACCGCGAACCUUCUUCUGCACCUCGCUUCCAAAAACGCGUGCAGACCUACGAUAACGCCCUCGAGUCCCAGCUUGAUAUCACUGAGCGUGACUAUCGUCGUCGUGUGGACCCAACCUACGACGUCUCUCACAAUCGCCGUUACCAAGCUCCCGUAGAUUCCUACCAAGCUUCCCGUCAACAGAGCAACGACGUCUCUUACAGUCGUUCCACUGCUCAGGUCGAUACCUCGUACGACCGUUCCUUCGAGUCUCGUCCCCUCGACGUCCCCAAGCAAGGCUCCUACAAAGACCGUCAGGUUACCGUAGAGUCCUUCAAGUCUACUCCUUCGACCUCGCAGGUUAAGGUUCUCAAGAGCACUACUGUAGUUGAUCACCCUCCCGCUCGCAAGAUGGGUUACUACGACGACGACGGUAAUUACCACUCCUUCCGCCGCGGUGUGGAGCGUGCUGCCGACCGCGUUCUCCAUCCCUUUACUCAUCGUCAUCAUCACGAUGCUGUUGUUGCACGCGAGGAAAUUGUGGCUGACGAUCGCGGUCCAGUUCGUUUCAGUGAAGGUGUCCGUGAGGAGGUUCGUAUCGUCGAGCCUCGUGGCGGUUCCUCCUCAGCCGAGACGGUCCCAAUUCCCUGCCACUUCAUCCGCAUUGGCGACAUCCUGAUCCUCCAGGGCCGUCCCUGCCAGGUGAUCCGCAUCUCCGUCUCUCCCCAGACCGGCCAGCACCGCUAUCUCGGUGUCGACCUCUUCACCCGUGAACUCCAGGAAGAGUCCAGCUUCGUCUCCAACCCCUCGCCCUCGGUUGUUGUCCAGACCAUGCUCGGUCCCGUCUACAAGACCUACCGCAUCCUGGAUAUCCGCAACAACGGCCUCGUUGCCAUGACCGAUACCGGUGAUGUUAAGCAGGAUAUUCCCGUCAUCACCCAGGGCAACCUUUUCCGCCGCAUCCGUGAAGCCUUCCAGGAGGGCCACGGCAGCGUCCGUGCUCUGGUUAUUAACGAUGGUGGUCGCGAACUGGUGGUCGACUUCAAGGUCAUCCACUCUUCCCGUCUGUAA